AUGUGGAUGAAUAAACUGGCUAAAUAUCCAUCUCCUAGUAUUUUGGGCCUAUAUACGAGAAGGUUUUGUAAUGAAUCAUUUCGGUCGCUACAGGAGUUUGACAUACUGCCGAACACUAUGAGAGGCAAUCCAGUCCAUUCUCGAAGAGCAUGUGUAACCACUCGAGUACUCAUGCGUGAUAUAACAGUUCGAAAGUUCUGCACGACCCAUAGAUCAAAUUCAAUUGAUCAGCCAACCAAUGGAAAUACUAAGAGAGCUCAUGAUAAAUUCAAGAUCAAGGAAAUACCCAUAGACAUGUUCACGUUAAGACGCAUUAUUGAUUCGAGUAGUAUGAGCGAACCGGAUUUUUCGAAAAGCAUGACCUAUUUAUUUGUAAAGGCUGUAAACUCGGAAGCGAGGGAAACUUUAUCGUUAGAAGAUCUGUCCUUCCUUUUAAACAAUCUAUAUUCACAACGGUUUGGAAUCAAGAAAAUCUGUAAAGACAUUAAUGUUAAGUAUUCGGAAUUCUGGUUUAAACUCUUUUCCCUUUACGCAGAAAAAGUGGAUGUCAAGAGAGACCAAAUCAAUUUACGAAAUACAGCAUUAGAUUCAUGCGAAAUUUUCGAUAUGAACCUCCUAAUUAAAAACUUCAUAGAACUUGGUCAACUGGGAAAAGCUCAAAAAGUUUUAAGCUUUAUUCUCGAUAGAAACUCCGAUAUAUUGCUCUCCCCGAAUAAUGCAGAUAUCGGUACAAUAAUCCAUUUUCUUCAAUUACGUUGCGGUGCAUUGGCAGCCUAUUGGAAGAUUCCAGAUAAUAGCGAGCAAGAAUAUUCACGAAAGACGGUUCGGCUAGGUGCCGAAAAUACGUCAAUUCGCAUCUCCUCUAGCUACAAGGCCAUGGACCAUCAGACCUUAUUGAAGAUUGCUGAUGUCGUAUUACAAAAAGAAAGGUUACUGAAUUCUGAGGAUUUAGUAUCCGUUUUAAUUCAGUCAUUUGGACACUUGGGGCAAACUCAAAUUUUGGAGAGAUGUAUUGAACACAUAUGGCAAAUAUCAUUGCAAGAGUUUCCCAGCCGUGCAACGAUCAAGCCUAAGGCACGAGGAUGUUAUCCAAGUUCGAAGAUCCUCGUUUCAAUUUUGGUAUCUUUCCACUUGAAUGACAACGAUCUUCAUAGAGGCUUGAGUAUUCUAGAUUCUUUCAUAAAAUAUUAUCCUGAAGUGAAAUUGGAUGAGUUGUUUUGGAGGAGAUUGUUUCAGUUGAGUCAUUUUGCAUGGAAGCCAGCACACGACAAAAGAGCCACAUCUAUUGUUAGAUGCUGGCACUUGAUGAAGCAUUGGCAUGAAUCCAAAGGGUUGAGCCCUUCUGUUGAUUAUGAGACACUGAGGCAAUUGUAUGACCUGGCGAAAAAAACAGGCAAUUAUUCGCUUGCUAUUGAUGUUUUACAAAACUUCAAAUUAGGAAUUACGAAAACGAGGGCUAUGAAGUCCGAAAAAAUCAAUGGUAUUGUUACCAAGUACCAGAAAUAUAUUAUAAAACAGCUUGUAAAUAGAGGUAAACCCUCAGCAGCGAGAGAAUUCAUCAAUAAUUUCAGUUUCGAUAGAAGAGCAGUCAAAGAAUUGAAUAUUUUCUGUACGAAUCGUAUACUGUUAAGGAGUAAGAAAUUGAAAAAUAAGACCGAGAACAGAAAAGAAAGGAUCGGAUCGGGACAAGGAAACUUUGAUGAUGAUGAUGAUGAUGGUAUGGUUAUAGGUAGUUUGUGGUAA